CCACCAGUGUGCAGACACAACCACAGCGAGAGAGUUUUUGUAUUUUGUCCGAGAAGGAACAAACGGUCGCCAUGAGUCACGUCGACGUCAACAACUUGAAGCCCAGCAACUUCGAGGAGCAGUACUAUGACCAAUACGAGUACUACAACCUCAGCGACAAGUACACAGAGGGGGCUUCGCGCAAGGGCCGUACCAAGAAGGAGGCCAGCGAAAACACCAACAGGCACAAUCCUGCCGGACAUGAGCGCAAGAUCGCUGAAAAACUCCAAAACAGCGAAAAGAAGAAGCUCAAAGAGUGAACGCUCAAGGAGCAGUCUGACGGCUCAACCGGACACGACCAGCGACGACCCACGCGGGAGCGAUGACGUCGCGUUCCCUGACCGAUGACGUGGGCUGCGUGUGACGCCCCGCCCCCCGCCAGCGGUGGUGCGACGGGUGUUAAGGCAGCGGGAAAGAAAUUUUGUGACUGUCAAGUUUAUGAUAAAUAUGAAAAGCAUGUAAAAUGAAGUGACUAAUAGUGUCCUCUGCUGGAUUGAUGUCACAUUGCACCUUUUCUGAAUACUAUUUGUGUAACCUGUAAAAUAUUCCUCAUUGCUUAUUAUGUCCAGCUUGAAUAUUGUUCACAUUAUUCUAGACGUCUUGGCAAGAAGAUGUGAACAUAGCUCUUCUCCACCACAACGCCCUCACCCGAAAAAAAAAAAAAAAAAAAAAAAAAAACCUCCAAAUU